UUUAUAGAACGUCAAUUUGCAUCAAGCAAAAUGGCCACCAUUUCGGGAAGUGAGAUGGAAAACCAGUCAGCUGAACUAUUUCACGUGUUAUGUUCACCCUGUAAACGUAAGGAAAGAAAUAAUGAAGCGGACAAAUAUUGCGCUGAUUGCCAUGAUUAUUACUGCUCGUAUUGUGUAAAAUUUCAUGAGGAUAUUCCAGCCCUGUCUGGACAUAAGAUUCUAGAUAAAGGUCAAAUCAACGAUGGACCAACCGGAAUUUUGCCUGAGACACCAACACAAAGAUGCGAGAAACACGGGUUUAAACCUGUUGACAUGUAUUGUCAAAGUCAUGAUAACGUUGGUUGUUCUACAUGUAUUACAGUAGAUCACAGGUUAUGUAUCGAUGUUUUCUAUGUGCCUGAGUAUGUCUUAGAUCAUGACCCUACACGUCAAUGUGAAGACGUUAAACGGAAGAUGAUAUCUGUUACCGAUGACAUUGAAUUUCAGCUGAAAAUUCUACAACAAGAAUUGAAACGUCUGUUUGAACGGAAAGAAGAAGAAGUUGAAAAAAUAAAGCAGUUCCGGUUUGACAUCAACCAGAAACUUGACAAUCUUGAAAGGAAGAUCAUUGAUAACAUAGAAGAAAAACACAAAGCAUUAAUCAAGAUGUUUGAAGAGCAAGUAACCAUACUGACAACUAUCCAAACAGAUGUUCAGACUUCAGCAGCAAAUAUUAUAUCCGCCGCCUCCAACGUUUCGCAAAAAUUUGUGAGAAUGAAAGCAGCUGAAACAGUUACAGAGUUGGCAGACUGUGUUUUGAAAAAGGAGGCAGUGCAAUUUAAAAGAGUUGAUGUUGUCUUUGAAGGUCAACAAAAGCUGAUGUCAAUGAUAGAUCAUAUGGACAUAUUGGGAGAAAUUGUGGAAAAGCCUUCUAUACAUUGGCUUGGGGAAAGAAAGGAGAUUAGUAUCAAACAUAAUUCAGACAUAUACACCAAUAAUGAUAUAUACAGUAUAUGUAUCCUAAAGGAUGGGUCUGUUAUAAUAGCGGACAGAUACAAUAAAAGUUUAAAGCGUCUUGACCUGACUUCAUCUAAAAUUAUAGAUGUCUGUCAAUUUCUGAGAUCCCCGUGGCAAAUUUGUGAAGAUGACAAUGAGUUAGCUGUAUCUUUCGGUGAGAUAAACAUUAACAUUGUAACUACUGAAGGUCCUCUUAAAGUAGCACGGGAAAUAAAAACUGAUCAUAGCUGUUAUGGCUUAGGGUACAGAAAUGGUAAAAUUUAUGUAACUGAUACAAGCAAGACUAUCUUUGUCUACGACAAGACAGGGAUAAUGAUGUUACAAUUUUUCGAGGAUCAGCCAGGUGAUAACUUGUUUGCCAGUAUCUUCAGUCUUACUGUCAGUCAUGAUGGUGAGAGGUUUUAUAUUGCUGACUCUAGAAAUGGUCUAGUAGUUCUUAGUAAGAAUGGUAAAUUACAUGGAAGAUAUAACCCCACCAAUCUCAGAUACGCGAAGGAGAUUUGUGAAACAGACCGUGGAGAUAUACUUGUUUGCGGUGAAUCAUCUAACAAUAUUGUACAAUUUUCUCCAAAUGGUGAGGUGAUGGGAGAAAUACUUACAUCAGAUGGUCAAAGAGGAGGUUGUGUGGCGGUUUGCUAUGAUCGCAAUCACAUGAGACUGAUAGUUGGACGGCGAGUUCGGGAUUAUAUAGAGGUUUACGAUAUAAAUUGAACAAAUAUAUAUACUACAAAUUGGACAACAAAAAAUUAUAUCUAUAUUUACAUGACUGUAAAUCAGUACCUGAUUAAUUGAUCAAGUAAACCUCAUAAAUAAAUAACAAAGUAAUGACAAUUUAAGCACAAUUCAAUAGUCUGAUCUCGACUGUCAAAGUUAAUAAAGGUCAUUGUCAUAUUUGAAUAAUUCAUCAUGUCGAUUGUGUCAUAAAACAAUUAUGUGUUAUUUUGUUCAAGUUUAAAUAAAAUUCAUAAAUAUAUUUGAAAGUUAUGGGCAAUUGUAAGGAAAUUAACUCAUUUGACCGUUAGUGUCAAUGAAAAAUCAAGGUCAAUAUUAAGUGCAAUUAUACAUCUUCUUUACUGUCUUGACUUAAAGAAAGUCGACAAAAAAUGAGCUAAAAAAGACGUACAUAGGCUCCUUACGGCUAUAUAUCCCUAUUUUAUGUUUAAUUAAAAUAUUACUUUUUGAGUUUUCACAAUAUAUUGCUAUAUUUGCCAUAUGUAAGUAUGUAUGUUGUCAUGACAAACAGAAUUUUCAACAUAGCAAAAAAAUCGUCCAUUAUCUUCACACGAGCAUUUUUCUAUUUUUCAAGUUUAUUAAAAAUAUUUUUUCACAUGACAUGAAGUUUUAGUUUAAACAUCUUCAUUGUUGUCGAAAUAAAUCUUAUAACAAGAGCCACCGCCAGACGGUAGCAACGCUCGACUAUUUUAGUUUUUCUAAAAGCAAACACAUAAAAGGUUCAAAUAAAUCUUUAAAAUAUAAUUAUAUGAAAAAAAAGUUUUAAAAAAUAAAGUAUGUCACAAGGAUCAAUGUUACAUCUGAAACUGUUCACAUGGUACAAAUUAUUUCAUAGCUGUACAUCAAAGGACAAGAAGGAAGAUCACUAGGAAAGAAACUAGCUCAGCUGAUAUCAAAGUUAAUUUUACAUCUUUUACAUCUAAAACAUAUAAUAACUUAUUUGAUAAAUAUAGUUUUAUGUCACUUAUAUUCAGAUAACUUGUCUAACUUUUCGAAUAAUAGAAAAGUGUUGUAUUUAAGUGAACUAUAUAUCAUUCACUUACCAGAGAGAAGUUUCUAGAGUUUCGUUUCGUCUAGGACACGCACUCUAAAAGCUUUACAGUUAUUCACAAGUAUGCUAUAUAAAUUCUUUUCAUAUAUUUAGAUGUCACGAAUAUUUGAAUUGUUACAUCAUGUACAUUGUAUGUAAUUACUGUUAUUAUUUGUUCAGCUCUUCAAAUAUUGGAGGAAAUAAAAGUAUCUGUCAAUCUA